AUGAAGUUGAACAAGCACGUCAGUAGUUCACGUCGAAAGGCACGCCGGCGAUAUUUCAAUGCUCCUUCACACAUUCGUCGGCGGCUAAUGAGCGCUCCGUUGUCGAAGGAACUGCGAGCUAAGUAUAAAGUCCGCAGUAUGCCCAUUCACAAGGGUGACGAAGUGCAGAUCGUCCGGGGAGAACGCAAAGAUUCAACUUCUGGGAAAGUUGUUCGAGUUUACCGUAAAAAGUAUGUGAUCCACAUCGAGCGAAUACAGUGUCGUAAGAGCAACGGUGUACACGUGCAUAUCGGCAUUCAUCCGUCUAAUGUGGUUAUCCACAAGCUCAAACUUGACAAAGAUAGGAGAGCUCUGUUGGAACGCAAGGCGGCCGGCAAGCUGACUGCGGAAGAUAAGAACAAGUACACCGAAGAGACUAUCGAAUCCUAA